UAACCUGAGGAAUCCUAACACACCAGGGGAAGGAAAUAAUGCUUUCCUCCAUGUUGACAAAUUUAAGCAGAAAAACAAACUUGCCUAAUUUGAUAAUUGCCUGCUUAUCAGGACCAACAACAACAAGGAAAGAGUGCUGCAUCUGAUGACAUCAGGCCUUAGCAGGGUAUAAAAGAGGAUCUGGGGCAAGGAGACUUCCAAACUUUCCAAACCCUCCUUUCUGGAAACCCACCCAGAACCUCCACCCUCUGACACCAUGGUCAGCUCCUGUUGUGGUUCUGUGUGCUCUGACCAGGGCUGUGGCCUAGAGAACUGCUGCCGUCCCAGCUGCUGCCGCCCCAGCUGCUGCCAGACCACCUGCUGCAGGACCACCUGCUGCCGCCCCAGCUGCUGUGUGUCCAGCUGCUGCAGACCCCAGUGCUGCCAGACUACCUGCUGUAGGACCACCUGCUGCCGCCCCAGCUGCUGCAGGCCCCAGUGCUGCCAGUCUGUGUGCUGCCAGCCCACCUGCUGCCGCCCCAGCUGCUGUGUGUCCAGCUGCUGCAGACCCCAGUGCUGCCAGACCACCUGCUGUAGGACCACCUGCUGCCGCCCCAGCUGCUGUGUGUCCAGCUGCUGCAGGCCCCAGUGCUGCCAGUCUGUGUGCUGCCAGCCCACCUGCUGCCGCCCCAACUGCUGUGUAUCCAGCUGCUGCAGACCCCAGUGCUGCCAGACUACCUGCUGCAGGACCACCUGCUGCCGCCCCAGCUGCUGUGUGUCCAGCUGCUACGGGUCACCGUGUGGCCAGUCUCUGUGCUGCUAGCCCAUCUUCUGGCAAACAAUCUGCUGCAGGACCACCUGCUGCCACCCUAGCUGUUGCAUUUCCAGCUACUGCCAUCCUUCCUGCAGUAUCUCCAGCAGCAGUAGCUCCUCCUCCUGUGGCUUCAGCUGCUUCAGGCCCUCCUGCUGCAUCUCCAGUUGCUGCCACCCCAGCUGCUGCCAGACCACCUGCUGCAGAACUCAAUGUUUUCAACCCAAUUGCUGUGUGUCCAGUUGCUGCCGUCCCAACUGCUGCCAGACCACGUGCUGCUGA